CAGUGACAGUCAAACCGAGUCUUGACAUUUAUUGCAUUGAUUCAAAAAUAUAUACCAAUAUAUACCUACCCGCUACGAUCGUUACUUAUAUUCUCUUCGGCUACGAUAACUAUAGUUACAACUUAAGGAGCGUUAAUAACUUGUAUCUACGUUGUGUUAUUACUACUUUUAACACUAAGUUUUAACAAUGAAUAUUCCGUUCCCAAUAUUGUACCCACGUUUAGUGGAUCCCUCUUGGUUUAGCGCCGAUAGUCCUUGUGACGAGGAUGCAGAAUUAACUAACAUGGAACAAGCUCAUCAACAAUGGCUUAAUUCUAUUGGGCAACAAUAUAUGAAACGUCAACCUUUAGGUAAGGUAGAUUCUGAACCCAUGGAAGAUGAGGCUGAUUCAGAUGAAGAAGAAGGUAAUGAAGAAUCUGAUGAAUCUGAGGAGUCUCAUGAUGAGGAUGAGGACGAGGAGCUACGUUCAUAUUCACCUCCGAGGAAUAAUAAUGAAUUGGAACCUGAUGCUCUAGAUGAUCCCAACGAAACUGUAGAUCCAAACACUCCAGACCAAAGUGCUCUCUGGCCAAUACAGUAAUACCCAGUCAUUUUUGACACCUAGGGUAUGCUUCAAUCUUGAGCCCCUUCAUAUAAUGUUAUAAUUAAUACUUAAUUUCAAUAACUGAUACACUAAAUAGGAAAUCUAUAAAACAUGUUAAUUUUGUAUUUGAAAUCUAAUUGGUUUGUGUGGACAAAAAACAACCUACCUACAUAACAAUAAGUGUGUAAAAAUUAAAUUUAUAUUAACCAUAUACUUAAUCUUCUUUCUUUCAAUACAAGCAAGCUCUAAAUUGAAUACAGUUAAAUCAAGGAUAAUUCCAUGUUCUAGUCAUUAUUGAACAUAGAAAUAUAUUCGUAAAAUGGUUCAAGCAGUAUCACCCUAUGCAGUGUAUGAUUAUGUAUUUGGAUAAAUAAUGUAUAUUUUUAUUUUAUUAAAUUAGCAGAUAUUUUGCAA